GUGCGCGCGUCCGCAUUUAUCCAACCAAGCAGCCAGCCAGCGAGCCCGCUCUUCUCAAACCACCAGACCCAGCGGAACCGAGCCGAGCCGAGCCGAGCCAGGCAGGACGAGCGGAGCGAUGACCUGUUAGCCCCUGUUCUUGACGCAGCUCGCUGAUAAACCCUCCUCCUGCGGUCAGUUCUGCCCCGACGCGAUGGACUCCACACUUCCGCGGACCCUCGUUAUCUCCCAGCUGCUGCUGCUCUCCUACAUAGUUGUGGCUGUAGAACCACUGGUCCAAGGCCUGGAGAAGGUAACCGAGGAAAUAGACUGGUCCUACUCAGGUAGCCUUAACCAGCGGAGCUGGAGUAAGAAGUACCCAUCCUGUAACGGAGCCAGACAGUCUCCCGUGGACAUUGAUGAGAUGUUUACACAGGUCAGGUUGCAGUUCCAGAACCUACAGCUGGAGGGCUGGGACAAGCCGACCUCCGAGUUCACCACCAUCCAAAACAAUGGGAAGACCGUGGUCAUUAAUGUGGAUGGAGAGUUCUUUGUGAGUGGAGGAGGGCUGAGCUCCAGGUUUCGUGUAGCCAGCCUUCACUUCCACUGGGGGCGCUGCAACACAACAUCAGCGGGGUCAGAACACAGCCUGAAUGGGAUGAAAUACCCACUGGAAAUGCAGAUCUACUGUUACAAUCCUCAUGAUUUCCAAAGUUUGGAUGAUGCCAUUAAAGGAGGAGGGAGGAUCACUGCCUUGGCUGUUCUCUUUGAGGUCAGCCUGGACGAUAACGAGAACUUCCUUCCUGUUCAGGAGGCCAUCGAGUCUGUCAGCAGGUUUGGUAAGAGCGGGUCAGUGGAAGCUUUCACGCUGCGGUCCCUGCUGCCGAACAUCACAGAUAAAUACUACAUCUACAACGGCUCCCUGACCUCUCCUCCCUGCUCCGAGUCGGUAGAGUGGAUCGUCUUUAAACACACUGCGGCCAUAUCAGAAACACAGCUGGAGGUGUUUUGCGAGGUGAUGACCAUGGAACAGGCUGGUUAUGUAAUGCUGACGGAUUAUCUGCAGAACAACUUCAGGGAGCAGCAGCAGCAAUUUAUGGGUCAGGUGUUUGCCUCCUACACCGGAGUCGAGGAUGUGCUCACCCAAACUUGUACCUCGGAGCCACAGAACGUUCAGGCUGAUGCCCAGAACGACACCACCAUCGUGGUGAUGUGGGAGCGUCCUCGUGUGGUGUUUGACACCGCCAUCGACUGGUACACUGUCACAUACCAGAGCCUCCAAGGCAAGCAGCCGAACAAGCAAGAGUACAGGACCGAUGGAGACCAAGACGUGGGGGCCAUAAUCUCCAACCUGCAGGCCAACGUCAGCUACGUGAUCCAGGUGGUGGCUGUGUGCACCAACGGCCUCAGAGGACGGUGGAGUGAUCAGAUCAUCGUGGACAUGCCGCUAGAAGACCCCGAAAUGGAUUCGUCUCCUGACGGCAACCCAAAGGAGGUCACAAAUGCUGCUGGAUGGAAGAAGAUCCAGAACAAAGUGGAUUUGUUUGCAGAAGAUCAAAGUCCAGUGGAGGAGAUCCCAAGAGUUUACCAAAAUAAACAACCUGCACUCAGCCCAAACCAGCCCACAGGCCCAGCCCACACAAACUCACACAUCCCAGUUCAGACUGAAGUGCCGUCAACCUCUCAGGAUCCCUCUGGAACUCUGAGCCCAAACAUGCCUGAUCAGAACUGGAUAGAGGGGCACCAGCUGACCCCUGAACAUCAUCCUUUUACAAGUUCAGGUUUUGAAAGCAACAGUGCAAUUUGGGUUGGCCGGGUGUCUGAGCAGCCAGGCUUUCUUUUUCCAGUGAUUCGGACCUCCACACUGCCGCCAGUCCAUCGGCAAAUCACAGAAGAGGCGUCGUUGUCAGUGCUGCCCCCUGAGUCAAGAGAUCAUGAUCCACCAAACCACGAAGGAGAAAAUGAACCCCCUAAGUCCGACUUGUCCACACCUCCUAUAAAGGAAGUCACAGAUAUCUUCUAUGAAGACACGGUCACCAGCUCUCCCCUGGAAGCGGGCACCAACCCAGCAUCAGAGCUCACUUCAGUGGUGCCAGAUCAAAGAGGCUCACCAUCGACCUCCAAAGAUGCUAAAGAAAAUCCGAUCAGCUCAGAUUCCUCCACCCCAUCCUCAGUUUGGACAAAGGAAAUCAUUACGACAGCUGGCAAUGCUCUGACCGACUCGGUCUACAAAUCAUUCACCACCUCGUCUUUGCUCAGAGUGCUGAUGCACACCACUCAGCCCCUGUUCAACGUAAAGACAACAACAUCUGGGACUGAGGACUCAGCAUUUGAUCAGUCGUCCGACUUCACAAAUACUCCCAACCAUCUAAGACCAUUGACCCUUAUGAACUCCACCAUCUCUUUUUCUCAUGGACCUCGCUCUACUGAGGGGAAUAAGGUUGUGGUAACACCUCCAUUGGUCAAACCCUUCAGUCAAUCCACCGACAUCUCCUAUCUGUCCCCUGUGCUUCAAAAAUACAAACUCCCUGAGGAUAAGUCUUUGAAUUCUUCACAGAUAAAUAUGGAGCAGCUUCCAGGGUCUUCAACUGUUGGCUCUCAGGGAAACCCUCAUUUCUACCCCUCCCAUUAUUCUUCGAGUAUUGCCCAUUUAACAACAACAUCCACUGUUGAGGAAAAUACUCAAAGCAUUCAUUGGAUUCAGAACACACUUGAAUCGUCAGAACAUGAUCACGGUGAGGAAGAAGCCAGCACAGACAGAGAUGAGGAUGAUCUCAGCAUCUUAGGUCUGGGUUCAUCAGAUGGCCUGACAGAGAGUGGAUCAGGCUCUGGCCACAGCAACAAUGCAUUUGGUCACGAUCAAGAGGCUGAAGUUCACUUUACAUUUUCUUCUUUUUUGAACUCAGCUGUAAGCUUCAGCAUGGAGGACACAAGGGGAAAGAGUAAAUCCCUUACAAAUGACAUUCCCAUGGAAAGGGAUCCAUUUAGAGAUGGGGGCAUUAGGGGAACAGGGGUCAAGAGAGACGACUUUGAGAUGAGUGGAGAGGAGGAAGACACCGUAGACACUGAGAAGGUUCUCAAUGCAUUGUAUGAAGAAACAAAGAAGAACCAAAGUGUUGCUGUGACAGGUUCUGGUAUGCCGACAGAAACAGAGACUGAAGGUAAAGAGGAACCCACAGCUGGAAGUACAAUAUAUAGUGGAAGUGGCAGUGGGGCUGAGGACACCAGUGGUUCUGGGGAACAUGCUACAUCUGAUGAUCAACUCAGUCCAAAGGACGUCGUUGAUCAUCAAGACAUUUUCAAAGCUGUAGAAGAAAAAGAAUUCAAGAGCAACAGAAGGAAAAAUAGCCAUGACGAUUUAGGAUCUGAAAGACAAAUCAUUCAGCAGCUGCUGGCAGGUUCACCUCCAGGAGUCUCCCCGGGCAAUGAGCACAGUCAGGUUCAAAACACAAGUCGUGAUGACCCGAAUCCUUCUGAAGACCAAAAGGUAGACGAUAAAAGACAUGGAGCUCUUAAUGUAGAAGUUUUAGAAGGACGUGUAACUGAAGACAGUACUGAUGCUGAAAGUCAUGUUCCCGAGAUCCUCCUGACAAACUCUCCCAAGACACAGGAGCAAGUGGAAGAACGCAGCAACAGCAGCCACGAGUCUCGGGUUGGGCUUGUUGAAGGUGUGGAGAAGGAGAAGAGGACCGUGGUUCCUCUGGCUGUUGUCUCCACUCUCACCAUCCUUUGUCUGCUGGUACUCGUGGGAAUCCUCAUCUACUGGAGAAACUGUUUCCAAGCAGUUAAUUUUUACCCGGACGACACCGCUACGCCUAAAGUUCAGUCUGUUCCAUCCACACCGCUGCUGCUGGCCACAGACGGCCACGAGCCGCUCACUCUGAAGCAGUUUGUGAAGCAUGUCAUGGAGCUCCACGGAACCAACACAUUCUCCAAGGAGUUUGAGAUUGUCAAAGAGUCCUAUGAGGAGGUGCAGGCGUGUACAGUGGACAUGGGCAUCACAGCUGAGAGCUCGAAUCACCCUGACAACAAAAGCAAGAACCGCUACAUUAACAUACUGGCCUAUGACCACAGUAGAGUCAAGCUCUCCAACAGCUUGGACAGAGAUGGGAAGUGUGGUGACUACAUCAAUGCAAACUUUGUGGAUGGUUAUGAGCGAACAAGGGCAUACAUCGCAGCUCAGGGGCCUCUCAAAGCAGGCCGGCAAGACUUCUGGAGAAUGGUCUGGCAGCAGAACAUUGGAGUUAUCGUCAUGAUCACCAAUUUGAAGGAGAAAGGGCGUACCAAAUGUGACCAGUACUGGCCUGAAGAGAACCAAGAGGAAUACGGUCCUUAUCAGGUGACCCUGAAGAGCACAAAGACUCUGGCUUAUUACACACUGAGGACGUUCACAGUCAGGGAUACAACUAAUAAGGCUCCACAAAGGAGUGUAGAACACACUGUCCUCCAUUACCACUACACACAGUGGCCAGAUAUGGGCGUCCCAGAGUACACUCUUCCUGUGCUGUCCUUCAUCAGAGCAUCGUCUCAAGCCCGAACGCAGGAGAUGGGACCUGUCUUGGUGCAUUGCAGUGCUGGUGUAGGAAGAACAGGUACCUACAUUGUGAUAGACAGCAUGUUGCAGCAGAUUCAAGAUCAGGGAACAGUGAAUGUUCUGGGUUUCCUAAAACAUGUCCGAACACAGAGGAACUUCCUGGUUCAGACAGAGGAGCAAUAUGUUUUCAUCCAUGAUGCUCUGGUGGAAGCUAUUUUGAGCCGUGACACCAUGGUCACCUCUGAGUGCCUCCACUCAUAUGUGUCAGACCUUCUGACUCCUGGUCCUACAGGCAGGACGCGAAUGGACAAACAGUGCAAGUUAAUAAGCCAGCGACAGGCCAAGCAUGCGGACUACAGCACAGCCUUAAAGGAUGGCAACGCUGAGAGGAACAGAGCAAGAGCACUAAUGCCUGUAGAGAGAUCGAGAGUCUCUCUGACAGCCUCAGAAACAAACUCUACAGGCUACAUCAAUGCCUCCUAUGUUAUGGGACACCACUGCAGUAAGGAGUUCAUCGUGACCCAGACUCCUCUGAGCAGCACAGUAGAAGAUUUCUGGAGACUGAUCUGGGAACAUCAAACUAACACUGUUGUCUGUCUGCCAGAUGCACCCAAUCAGAGUGAAAAGCGGGACUGUUGUGUUUACUGGCCCAGUGUAGAUCGGCCAUUGAGUAUUGAUGAUUUCACUGUAUCAUACUGUGGGGAGGAGCAUGUACACCUGGGCAACGAGGAGAGACUUUUGAUACAGGAUUGUACAGUGAAGUCCUCUCAGAUGGAUUUUGUGUUGGUUGUGCGUCAGUUCAGCGCCCCCUGCUGGCCGAACCCAGACAGUCCCAUCAGCAACAGUUUUGAUCUUGUCGCCACAAUCAGAGAGCACAGCAGACACGCACAAGGACCUGUAGUUGUCCAUGAUCCACUAGGAGGUUCCACGUCUGGGCUGUUCUGUGCCCUCUCCUCCUUGUUCAGUCAGCUGGAGGAGGAGGGAGGAGUGGAUGUGUACCUGGUGGCCCGGAUGACCAACCUCAUGAGGCCUGGAGUCUUUAAUGACAUUGAGCAGUACCAGUACCUGUACCGAGCCGUCCUGAGCCUGGUGAGCAGUCAGGAGGACCAGAGAGCCCUGCAGAGUCCAGAGACAAAUGGAACAGUACCGCUGGGACAGUCCAACAUCGCAGAGAGCCUGGAGUCCCUUAUGUAGACACGCACAAACGUUCACACUGUCGCACAAAGGCCCACUUUACACGUUGUGUUGGGGGGUUUAGAGGUUCACAGCGGUAAAAAGUGAACAUCCUAAUGCUUUAAUAUACAGUUUGUUCUUUACUUGUCUGAUUAUUUGUUCAAAAUGUAACAAUCCACAGGAAAACGGUCUCGUUUCUUUUAGAAACAGAUUGCAGCAGCAACGUCAGUUAUUUUAAAUUGUGAUUAAUUUUGUUCACUAGUCCUGCUCACACACCUGUCAGGUUGGAGCAGAGUCGUGACUUGUUUCUUUGUGCUUUAAUGUGCUCAGUUUUGGUUUUAUCCACCCACGACUGUUGAAACCGUUUUUUAUCUGGAUCAGAGUGCACACCAGUGCACACAGAGUGAUGCACACUUUCUACACGUUCAGAUUCCUAAAAGCAGAAGAGCACAAGUAAAGGGCUUUCACGGAACAGACUUACAACACAGCUACAGGCCAAUUUGCAUCAAAGGUAUGAAGCAGGUACCAGUUUCUAUUAUUCAAAUUUAAAGGGAUUCCUCCUGUGCUAAAUUUAUAAAUCAUUUUAUAUUUAACCCAUUGUAGGUAGUUUACUGAAUAAUUCUGAGCUUUGAAAAGUACAUGAUUGAUGGGCUAAUGGCUAGUGUUAGUACAGCUAAGAACCAGUGAGUUUCUGCCAUCCAAUAACAGCUCCAAUCUUCAAAACAUUACAGCUUUUUCUAGUUCAUGUGAACUUUCUUAUAAAUCCUUACAUGACCGGCAGCGAUGAAUAAAAAAAAAACAUUUCAGCAGAAAAAUAGAAAAACUGAUAUCUGACUCGACCCCUGGAUGUGCUAAAGUUGUUGUGAUAGUUAAUAUUUGCUUAUCAGUAACUAUAAUUUCAUGAACAUAGUCGUGUUAUACAAAACUAACUGGUGUGAAAUCUGUUUUUAGGAGACAUCAUUGUCUGCCAUUAGCUUAUCAUUCCUGAUGGAUGCCAGAUCUAUUUCCCUCAACCUGAGGCUAUUCUGGAAGCUAUAACAAAGACAAAAUGUCUCCAUAAUAUAUGGACUUCUUCAGCCCCUUAUCCAGACAUCAAUAUAAAAUAUAACACAGGAUGUGUUCAGGCCUUCACAUGGUAAAAAAAAAAGAAAAUGUUGUAAUUAUUAAAAACCAGCAAUCUAAAAAAUAACAUUUCUGUACUGACAGGAAGUCAAACCUCAUGGUGUAAAUACCUUGUUAAUGUCAGCUUCAAUCCUAAAUGGAAAAAGAAGAAAAAUAACUGUUUCCUGAUCUGUAAAUUAUUCAAUAACGAAGGUGCAGAUGGUUAAAGGAACCAAUAAAUAAAUAAAUAAAUAAAAACUAAAUAAAGGUUUCUUCUCUUUGAAUCACAGGGAAAAAGCAAAACCUAUAUGAAGUGAUUUUCUAGCAACUCAAUUAAAAAAAUAACCUAAAAUAACUUCUUAGAAUAUCCGAGGAGACACUUUUUAAUUUUGACCUUCUUUACCCUUUUGUUGAUUUAUUUGAAAUAUUUUUUUGUUUUGAGUUAAAUGUGGUAGAAAUUGGGAUAAAAGUAGAAUGAUUUUUAUGUUUAAAAAGGACACAAUAGACCUUUUUUUUUAACCAUACAUUGAUUGAAAUGCAAAGAUACAACAAAUCCUAUUUUAGAAUAAUACCGAUCAUAGCCAACAUCUUUGUUCAGACAAUGUCUCACAAGCCAGUGCCUUUUGAAAACCACAACACUGUACGUUAAACCCAACCUGUGAGGUUCACAAGGAAAAAGUCUAUAAGCUCAGAUGUUUGAUUAAAAAUGCAGUUUGACAUUUGAAGUAAAACUCCACAGUGAAAACUGCGGAGAAGGCAGCAAAAGUAGCAGGAUCAAUGCAAAAAUGUCUAUUUUUAUAUUUUCUCACUUAAAUAAAUAUAAGGAAAAUACAAAAAAACCCAUCCAACAUUCCAGCGAGAACGUUUACGUUUAAAGAUCUUCAUCUUUAAGGCCUCUGAUACUGAUACGACUGUUCAGAAGGUGUUCCCGUGGCUGCAGGCAUGAACAGGAGCCAAUAUGGCGGCAGCUUCUCUCUGUAGAUGUUUGCUAAAUGCUGAGCAUCAUCAAAGAACAAACUGUGACGUAGAUCUUUGCAAAGGGAUUGUUCAGAUCUUUGUAGGCAUGGUUCUGUGCAGAAAAUAUGGACUAGCCUCAGCUAGGAGAAAUGCCACUGCACUGAUGAGCUAAUGGCUACGCUAGAGUGGCCAGCUGUCCUUUAAUAUAGGAAUUCAUCCUGAAUGUGAAACUAAAAUGACACCAUUGUUAUUACAUCAAUAAUUGUUCCAUAGUUUUAAGAGUGAUGGAUGAUGGUUGCUAAUUAAGCUGCUAUAGAGCAGGGGUCUCCAACCUUUUUUAGCCUGUGAGCUAAAUGAUACCGCCAUACGAUUUAUUCACAUUGAUACUUUCCGUGUGUGGGGAUAUGCUUAUUGUGUUAAAAAUAGAAUACUUACUAUAUUAACAUGCAUUGUAUUCACAAGUUGAUUUCUCAGUUUUUCAAUACACCAAUAUUAUAAAAAAGUGCAAGGAAAAUAGUGACAUUCUGAAAAUCGAACUAAACUCAACAUUUUGUUUAACCAAUAAUUUCAGAUAUUGAAAUACAUUUUAAUGUAAUGACAUUAUUUCAGAAUGUCAGUAACAUAACUUGUUGAGCACACAGGAGGAGCAGCUAACGUGUUCCUGUUCACCACCUGAACCUGUGCCGUCCUGCCUGGAGCCUUAAGCAGCAAUGUCAGUUUUUCAUAGUGUUCAGCCAUUUGGUCAUAAAUGAACAAAUACUUCUAAAAACAAUAGAAUGCCAUUUAAAGAACAUUUAAUGUUCUUUAAAUGGCAUUUAAUACAACACCUUUAAAGUGUUUGUGUUGGGUUUAUUUUUUUCCAAAUGUGCAACACAACAAUCCUCAUAAAAUGAACAAAGCUGAAGAUAUUUUAAAUAAAAUACUAGCCAAAUGUGAUUAAAACACAAAAAUCGAAAAUAGUUUGAACUGAAGUAAAAAAAAAAUAAUAAUAAUAAAAAAAAAGCGAAACAGAAAUACAAUUUUUUCCUGUGUUCCUGAUUAAUUGAAUAAUUUAAUGGGUUUUUGCUCAUGGAAGUUAAGUUUUGCUUCAACAACUGCGGGUAAAAUGAUGCUUUACUGCGUUUUUGGUUGGCAAUAUUAAAUUAAGGUUGGGGGUUUAUCAUGUUAGAUUUUCUGUGAUGUAAAAUUUUAUGAAGCAGUGUUCACAAACAUGAGAGCUUUUUGAGGUUGGGAUAGUUUUACAACAACAGCAAGUUCUUUUAGUUGGUCUCCAGUUCAAAUGAACAAUCAGCUCCUGAUUUGUUCAGAAUGAAUCGUUUCGUCCUCACAGACCUUUGAGACCACAACUGGGAAGUUUGACGUUUUGUGAAACAAGUGGAGAAUAUAAUAAGGAAUAUAUAGGGAUCAGGUCUCGCAGAUGAUGUGGUCCUGUUGGCAUGGACGUAAUUUGGGGGGGGAGACAUGCCCCCCCCCCCACUUUGAGCUCUAGGACCAAGUAGAAAUGUCUGUGUUGAAGCCUGUUUCCCAUUAGAACAUACUGUAAAGAGACACCCCCCCCCCUCCCCCCCAUCUAAAGUAAAAAUUACAUCCAUGCCUGUUGGCUUCAUCAGAACAUGAUCUCCAGGUUUCACUGGAGCAGUUUGCAGUCGAUUGUGAAACAGCUGGGAUGAGAAUCAGCUCCUUUAAAUCUGAGAUUGUGGUGUCGAAUCGGAAAAGGGUAGAAUGUCUUCUCUGAGUCAGGGGCGGGGUCUUGCCCCAAGUGGAGGAAUUUAAGUAUCUCGGGGUCUUGUUCAUGAGUGAGGGACUAAUGAAUCAGGAGAUCGAUACGCGGAUUGGUGCUUCGUCUGCAGUGAUGCAGGUGUUGAACCGGUCUGUCGUGGUGAAGAGAGAGCUGAGCCAGAAGGCAAAGCUCACCUAUGGUCACGAGCUUUGGGUAGUGACUGAAAGAACAAGAUCGCGUAUACAAGCGGCUUUAAUUAGUUUUCUCCACAGGAUGGCUGGGCUCUCCAUUAGAGAUAGUAUGAAAAGCUUUGACAUCAAGGAGCUGUUCAGAGUAGACCUAAUGCUCCUCCACAUCGAGAGGAGCCAGUUGAGGUGGGAGUUAGGAUGCCGCCUAGAUGCCUCCAUGGUGAGGUUUUCUGUCCAAGCAGGAGGGGAACUAAAGAAAGACCCAGGACACGCUGGAGGGACCCUGUCUCUCGGCUGGCCAAGGAACGCCUCUGGAUUCCCCCGGAGGUCCUCCAGUUUAAACAAACUUGACCGUUUAGGUUAGCUGUUAGGGUAAAAAUUGGUCUUAUUUUUGUGCUUGAUUUGAACGUACCUCCAAUGAAACAAACACAUUUCUAGUUUUGUUUGUUUUGGUUUUUUGUCACCUGCACAGAAGGAAUAGCGAUCUGAACUAUCCCUUUGACUGGUAUAACACUUAUCUUUGUAAAUAGCCCUGUAUACUCUAAAGGCCAAAUUACUGUAUGUUUAUACUGUACCUCUAUAUAUUUUCUAUUUUACUAUGAAAGCCAUUUUUCUAGUCAUUUACAAAUAAAUAAAUGUGGAUUCUAUUUGGUAAAAUUACCGUAACCUGAAAAUCAUGAUCAUGAGUAGUUUUAACAAAUUGUUCUGGAAAAUCUUUUUAUCUGAUUUCUGUAGCAGCUUCAUGUCUGUACUGAAGAAGUGUAAAUGUAAAACAAGAUUAAAGAUUUGUUUCAAA